UGACAAUGUCAAUUUUGUGGUCAAUUUGACUGAUUUCAUUGACGACGAGGUUAUGAAAAUGACAACACUUUUUUAAAAGAGAAACGACGUAAUUAUUGAUAUUAUUAUAAAAGAUGUCUGGUCAAAGUAGAAAUGUCUAUUGGAUGGUAGUUAGAAACUUUAUCAACUCCUUUAAACCACGCCGGAUUAGAGGAAAUGAUAUGGGUAAAGACUACAUUGGCAAUUCUUAUUUUGAAAUACCUGCAGAUCCUAGUGAGGGUAAAAGGAAGCCCACCAGGUGGUACAAUCCACCAAAAGGCCAAGAUUUUCAAGAUCCCAUACCUGCAGAAUGGGAGGCUUGGUUGAGGAUGCGAAGACAAGAACCUCCAACAGAAGAAGAGAUUACAAAGAAUCUUGCUAUAGCUCAGAUGAAGAAAAUAAAUGCAGCUAAAAUUGAAGCCAAAAGGUUGGCUGAAGGAGGAUCUUUGCCGACAAUACCAGAAAAGGGGCACCAAUCAUUCCCUAUUUAUCCAGACUACCAUGCCGGUGAAUCACAAAAUGAACCACCCAAUAAAUGAAGAGUUAUUAAUAAUUGAUAUUUAUUUAGUUCAUAAAAUAAUAUUGAAUUUAGUAAAAAGGCAAUACAAUGAUAUAAUUAGAAUGUUCAGAGUUGUUGAGCAAUUCUUAUUAAUUAGGAUAUUAUAUUUGUUGUUGUUAAAUUUUGUUUUACUAACUAGUAAUAAGUAUUUACUUGUUUUGCAUGCUCAAUAACUGUACGGACAGCUUUUAGAAACUAGUAGUACCUUGUUUAGUUAUAGUCCUAAUAUAACAUACCAGUGUGUUAAUUAUUUUCUUGAUAACAAAAAAAAAUGUUAUAAUGAACUAUUAAAAGAACAAAAGUAGAAUCUAAAACCUGGUAAUGUUAUCUAUGUUUCAUUAUUUUAUCGCCACAUAGCGAUGCUUUGGCGCCUAAUAGAUUAUUGUUAUCGUGGGAAUACUGUUUCUCAUUACCAGGUGCUGUCCUUACUGUAUUACCUCUAUAAUGGUAGUUAUUGAUCCUUUUUACUUAAUAAUGUAGUAUCAUUUAUUUAAAUGAGAUUGUCAUUAUGAACUGUGAUCAUAGAGAAUAAAUAGUAUAUGUGUGGUUUCUAAA